AUGGACGUGGACGCCGAUGGCCCAGUCAACGCGGAACGCCAGAACCAACUCGACUCAACCGACUACCACCAUGGCGGCAAUAACAUCGUCGCCAGCGGGGAAGUGGAUGCGCAACAGGCGGCUGCGCGCGAGCUGAAUACCGUAAAGGGCAUCAAGAGCAAGCGGAUUGCCAACGACAAGCGCACCACCACGCCGUACAUGACCAAGUAUGAGCGAGCAAGAGUGCUGGGGACGCGCGCAUUACAGAUCAGCAUGAAUGCACCGGUGCUGGUGGAUGUCGAGGGCGAGACAGACCCGCUGCAGAUUGCCAUCAAGGAGCUUCGAGAGAAGAAGAUACCGCUGGUGGUGCGGCGAUAUCUGCCCGACGGAUGGUACGAAGACUGGACAUGCGAGGAGCUGCUGUAG